AUGUCGAGUUUCCCAAACCGCCCCGAAAUGCUGGAAGGGGUUGCAGAUCAUAUCGCCUGCGACCUGAAGGAAUAUGAGGACUGGUUUACGCUCGAACCACCCAAGCUGAAGGAGAUCACCCAUCAUUUCAUUAAGGAGCUCGAAAAGGGGCUUACGGUAGAGGGUGGUAAUAUCCCGAUGAACAUCACUUGGGUUAUGGGCUAUCCCACCGGUAACGAAAAGGGAAGAUUUCUGACAAUAGAUAUGGGCGGCACUAAUCUCCGCGUCUGCGCUGUCCACUUGUCAUCAACGAAGAGAGACUCUGAUGUAUUUCAAAAGAAGUACCAACUACCAGAAGAAAUCAAAACAGGCACGGCCGAUGAGCUGUGGAGUUGGGUUGCGGAUCGUGUGCAGGACUUUCUCAAUGAUCACGACAGCGGUGGCCAGAAGAACCAAAAGUUACCCUUGGCCUUCACAUUCUCCUUCCCAGUGGACCAGAGGUCCAUUUCAACUGGGGUCCUCCAGCAAUGGACGAAGAGCUUCAGUGUGUCCGGUGCGGAGGGCGAGGAUGUAGUGGCACAAUUGAAAGCUGCGGUUGAUAGAAAGGUAUAUGUUCUGAAUGAUAGAGGAAAGCUCCACAACUCAUUCAUCCAGAAAGUUCCAGUCGAGAUCGUCGCCCUGAUCAACGACACGACCGGCACACUCAUCGCCUCGCACUACGGUGAUCCGCAAGUCAAAGUCGGCUGCGUUUUCAGUACCGGAUGCAACGCAGCAUACAUGGAAGAAUGUCGACUGAUCCCCAAGUUGAAGCAUCUGAACCUUCCCAAAGACGCGCAGGUAAUCAUCAACACCGAAUACGGUGCAUUCGACAACGAUUCCGUUGUAUUACCCUUGACUCCAUGGGACCACCAACUCGAUCGCGAGUCCUUACGACCCGGAACCCAGCGCUAUGAGAAAAUGGUCGCAGGUCUUUACGUCGGAGAAAUGCUACGACUGAUCAUGGUCAACUUGCACGAGGAAAAUAGGCUCUUCAAAGGCCAAGACAUCACGCGUCUGCGAUGCGAAAACGCACUUGAUGCUACAUUUCUAUCCAUCGCCGAGCUGGAUCUUUCAGAGGAUCUGGAAGACAUGAGAGAUGAGUUCGAGAGUAGUCUAAGUUUGAGCCCCCUGCUGAUAGAGCUUAAAGUUUGUCGGUACCUCAUCGGUCUGAUCGCGACACGCGCAGCGCGUCUGUACGCGUGCGGGAUCGCGGCAAUUUGCAAGAAGAAGGGCAUCAAGAAAUGUCAUGUCGGCGUGGAUGGCUCGGUCUUCAACAAGUAUAGCGGGUUUAAGCAGCGAGCUGCGCAGGGGCUGCGGGACAUCUUCGACUGGCCAUCUCGCGAGCUGGACCUAAUUGUGUUGAAUCCCUCGGAGGAUGGGUCAAGUGUGGGAGCUGCUCUAGCGGCAGCUCUGGUUCUUGAUAGAGAUAUGAAGGGGCACCUAAGCAAGAAAAAGGACGAUUGA